UCAAGGCAGUCGUUCGCUCUUCACUUAAGAUCCGAAGCCUUUUUUUUUGUCCAGUGGUCUUUACCACUGGAUAGUUUUUUUGUCUUUCUGAAGAUUCGACCAUUAAACUUAUAGUAUUUUACCGUCGCGUUCCACGGCAUCUUCAAGAUGUCGAAACUAGCUACAAAUCGUCGGAUCCUCAUCAUGGCCAUGGCAGCGAUCCUGCUGCCGUUCGCCAUGAUAUCAGCUUCACCAACGGAACGAAACACAACGGAAACGCAAGACAUUAAAAUUACCGAUACGACAACAGAAUACCCGACUGUGAGCAUCAACAAUGACACGUUACUGCCAACUUCAAUCGAAUGUUAUUGUAAUUUGCCCGAGUGUCUAUCAACCUCUGGUAGUUAUAACCCUUGCACCACUCGUUUAGGGUGCUUUUUUGAACUUCAGCCGGCUGACAUUCUAAAAUCGAACAAGACCAGAAACCCGUUGUCCGAGGAUCAAUUUUCUACAGUCUUCAUCGAAGAUUACAAGGUCAACGGAGUAUUCGGCUGUCUGGAAUCUUCACCCGUUAAUAAAACGUGUAAUCAGAUUUUGAAAUCAAUGGAAAACGAUGAAUCGGAGUUCCCAGAUCUCCAUUCUCAAAAUGCUACAAAUCAAUCUACGAAAAUCAAGACCUACUAUUGCUGCGAACAAGCCAUGUGCAAUGAACAUAUUUCCCUUCCUUUGAACGGGGAAUAUGUUCAAGUCAUGGUGCUUACAAAUGCACUACGGCUCAUGGACAUUAAUAUCAAAAUGAAUGAAAACCAAAACACCACCAACGUUCCCGACGUUAAGACAGAAACUGCUGAGAACAACUCAACUUUGUUUUUGAGUAAACCAUCAGUCCAUUACGGCGUUAUUUCGGAAAACAUAACCACGCACAUACCAUUGAAACAUUUGGUAGAUGAAGAACAAGAUAAAAAUUCAACGAUGGCUGAAAAUGAAAAGAGUCCGGUUGUUUCAACAACUGAAAAAACUUCCCAGGACACUAGGUUUAUUACAGUUAUAGUCGUUAAGUCAGACUUCAAUAACAACUCAACAAACGACAAGGACUUAAGUGUUCCAUCAACUACAGAAUCAAAAUUAGAAUCCAACUUUACGCAUGUAAAUGAACAUGAUUUUAAUACUGGAAUACAACAACUUAUAUCUCAUAAAGAUAAUUCUUCAAUUGUUUCUGAUCUCAAAAAUAAUUUGAACAUUACAUUGAAAUCUAAUUUAAGUAUAAUAGAUAACACGAGUAUAAAUACAAACGAAAUUAAGGCUAAUUAUUCUUAUGACUCUAAACUUGACCUUAAUAUUACAGCGGAACCUUACGUUAAUCAAACACUGAGCUUAAAUUCGUCAACUCAAGCGGCUUCAUCUGAAUCUUCUACCACACUACCCAAAUCAAUGACAACUCCUUUGUAUAAACAUAAACUUGUUUCUAAUGUGAUUACACCGGAGUCUAAUUUAAAUGUAUCAAACGCACUAAGUUUAAACACGUCAUCUCAAGCGGUAUUAACGGAAUCAUUCGAAACCCAAUCAAUGAGUUCUACUGAUCUAUUUAACACGGAAGUUUUAAAUAAUACAAUAAAAAACACGGAAGAAAGAAAAUCUAAUUCUAAAAAAGUCUUACAUGUUAUUAAAAAACGUCAUGAUGCACAUUAUAAAAUGCAAAAUUUUCAAGAAACAACCAAGCCAGACUUUAAUGAUGACUUAAGUAACAACAAAGACUUAAUUAUUCCAUCAACUACAGUACCUUCAAUCCAAUCUGAUUCUAUUAAUUUAAGUACAUUGAGUUUCAAGAAUGCAGUACUUGAAUUAUUAUUCCGACGCUUGUGUAACCAUUCGUUCUUGUCUGUACUUGAACAUACAGACAGCUUUGCAAAUACUUCAUUUGAAACUAAUUUAAAUGCAUUAGACACACUAUGCUUGCGUAUUUCAUCUCAAUCAGAUUUAUCAGUAUCUUCCAAUAAUCAGCCAAUUGAUUCUACUGAUCUAGGGGACAAGGAACAAGAUACAUUUAUUUCCAAAAACCUCCAGCAUGUUAUUAAAAAACGUCAUGAUACACAUUACGGAAUGCAUAAUAUUCAAGAACAAACAAAGCAAGACUUCAACGGCACUUUGACGUACAACAAGAGCUUAAGUGUUCUUAAUAAUACAGUAACUACAUCAAAAUCUAAUAUAACACAUAUAAAGAAUUCCGAUUUACAUUAUGCGAUAGUAGAACUUCUGUUCCAAGUAAUGUAUAAUGAUUCACAGGUUUCUGCGCUGCAGUCUAAUGUAAGCACUACACCGGAAUCUUACGUUAAUCAAACAGACAUACUGAGUGUAAAUACGACCAUUCAACCGAUUUUAUCGGAAUCUUCCACAAUCCAGUCAGAAACAAUGAAUAAUUCUUCGUAUGGACCUAAUGUUAACAGUACUACAGAAUCUAAUUUAAAUAUAUCAAACACAUUGAACUUAAAUACGUCAUCUCAAGUAGCUUCAUCUGAAUCGUCUACGAAACAACCGGAAACAAUGAGUAUUCCUACGAGUAUGUAUGAAUCUAAUAUUAGCACCACACUAGAAUCAAACUUAAAUCUAACAAACACACUGAGCUUAAAUACGUCAUCUGAAGCGGCUUCGUCUGAAUCUUCCACGACACAAUCUGAAACAAUGACUACUCCUUUGUAUGAACAUAAACUUGUUUCUAAUGUGAGCAGUAUACCUGAGUCUAAUUUAAAUGUAUCAAACGCACUGAGUUUAAACACGUCAUCUCAAGCAGUCGUAACGGAAUCAUCCGGAACCCAAUCAAUGAAUUCUACUGAUUUAAUAAGAGACACGGAAGAUUUAACUACUACGAUUAAAAUCACGGAAGAAGAUCAAUCUAAUUCUAAAAAUGUCCAGCAUAAUAUUAAAAAACGUCAUGAUGCACCUUACGGAAUGCAUAAUAAUCAAGAUCAAAUAAAGCCAGAUCUUAACGACAAAUCGACAUACGACAAGAAGUUAAAUAUUCCGUUUACUACAGUAGCUACAUCGGAGUUUAAAUCCACACAUCCAAAGAAAAUCAAUUUCCGGAAUAUAAUAGCAGGACGUUUAUUCCGACAAGUAUAUAGACCGGAAUAUAAAAACAUAAAUCCGAUCAACACACUUAGCGCCAAUACUUUAUCUCAAAUAGUUCCAUCGGAAUCAUCGGAAACUCAAAAAAUGGAUUAUACCGAUCCUGAGGAUACUGAUAUCACAAGUACUUUUUUGAAAACCACAGAAGAAGAUGACAUGAACUCCGAAUAUUUGUUGCAUAUUAUUAAAAAGCGACACGAUGAAUUUAACGACGCGACCCCUGCGCAACCCAUCGGUGAACCGACCGCGAACGGAACGCUGCCACCGGAGACCGCGGCGAUGCCUGCAUUGCCGACCGAAGGCAACGACAACAAGAUGGGUGACACGGUCGACUCGGCCGUCCACCAGAACGGCGGAGUCACCGACCUGUCCCAUUACCGGCCCAACGUCGACGGCAUGCUCUGGAUCCGGCACACCGCGUGGACGACCGGCACCGUCGGGCUGUUGGCCGUCGUUGGCAUCAUUUGCAUGACCGUGGUGACGUUGUUGGUGCUGGCGGCCGUGCGAAUCGUGCGCAGAGCUGACGUGUUCAGGAACUUCAAGGACGUUUGCAGCAACCCGGGACAUCCGUGCCCGUGCCAGGGCUCCCGGUUUCCCGCGUCCGCCUUCCGUCACACGACCAGACCGGCCGGCCGCGGCAUCCGCGUCAACCACAACAGCAGCUCUGCGCCAGUACACUCCCCCGACUCCGUCGGCAACACCGCGUUUGUGUACGCCACCGUACCGGUGGAACCGUCCAACGCCAAGCCGGUACAGAUCCGUCGCUAAACAGCGAUCGAACCCGAGGAAAGUUUAUACGUUUAUUUGUACAUAUACAUAUACAUAUAUAUAUAUAUGUUUAUAUGUUUACGCGUAAGAUUUCGCGUUCCCGGUGACACGAUGCACACAUUUACUGUACAUUAAUCGUUCGCAAAUACUAUUCGAUCAUUAGACUUACAAAUCAUUACACUUCUUUGGCACUUUUCUAACGUACGUGUCGUAUAACGCACGGAGACAUAAAUCAUCUAAUCUUAUCUUUUCCGCCGCACGGGCUUAUAACAUUUUUCAAUAAUAUUUUUUAUUUCGACGCUCUGCCGCGUUGGACUUCAACAUACGUUUUUCUCCGAUCAAUUACGUCCUAAACAUAUAUAUAUAUAUAUAUACACAUACAAACAUACACUUCCUCUGAACGUUGUCAUAACAUCGAUAA